AUGUUUUGCCAGACGACCUUCAAAGGUGCUAGAUUGAUUACACCUUCCAUCAGUUCGCUGUUUUCUCGUUCGACCGUAACUCGAUGCCUUUCGUCGAGCAACAAUAAGAGCAGUUUGCCACCUUCAAUUUCUCAACAAGACGGGAAAAUCGAGUUAUCACCGAUCUCACGUCCCAACGAAACAAUCCUUCAAAAACGAUCGAGAUUAAUUUAUCAAUCACGCAAAAGAGGAAUUCUAGAGACCGAUCUGAUCCUUUCGACCUUUGCGAAAAAGUAUUUGCAUGAAUUUUCCGAGCGAGAGUUACAAGAGUACGAUGAAUUAUUGAAUUUUCCAGAUUGGGAUAUAUACUAUUUUGUCACCGAGAAGAAACCUGUUCCAAAACGAUGGCUAAAUAGCGAUAUUUUUAAAAAGCUGCAUCAACACGCAAAGAAUGAAGGAAGGUCCAUUCUGAGAAUGCCCGACCUGUAA